ACGCCCUGAGAGGGAUUUCUUGCUCUGAGUCUCCUCCAGUCGUUGCUACACUCCUUGUGUUGUCACCCGAACCGGGAAUUUUGUCCGUGUCUUCAAUUUAGCGAAAUGGCACCCAAGAAGGACCCAAAGGCCCCCGUCAAGAAGGCCGAACCCGCAGCGGCAGCACCCGCACCUGCACCUGCACCUGCGCCAGCCGCUGCUGCUCCCGCUGCUGCUCCCGCUGCUGCCCCAGCCGUGAACCUCUCCUCCGUCAAGAUUGAGUUCAGCGCAGACCAGAUCGAUGACUACAGAGAGGCCUUCGGUCUGUUCGACAGGGUGGGUGACAACAAGGUGGCCUACAACCAGCUCGCCGACAUCAUGCGCGCUCUGGGACAGAACCCCACCAACAAGGAGGUGAACAAAAUGCUGGGAAAUCCAUCUGCUGACGAUAUGGCCAACAAGAGAGUAGAGUUCGAGGCUUUCCUGCCCAUGCUCCAGACCAUCAUCAACAGCCCAAACAAGGCACAAUUCGAGGAUUACGUUGAGGGUCUGCGUGUCUUUGACAAGGAGGGCAACGGCACAGUGAUGGGCGCUGAGCUGCGUAUCGUCCUCUCAACACUGGGAGAGAAGAUGACUGAGAAUGAGAUCGAUGCUCUCAUGGCAGGUCAGGAGGAUGAGAACGGCUGUGUCAACUACGAGGCUUUUGUCAAGCACAUCAUGUCUGUGUAAGGAUCCUGCUACCGCGGUGGUGAACAUCAUAUAUGUGCAGACCCCAUGGUGUCGCGACAUCCACUCACUGUUUCCAGUUCCAUCGGAGGAAGCACAUGGAGCAAAGGACUAUGAGAUGUCAUUUUCCAAAACCUUUUGUUUUGUUCUAAACUUUUUUUUUUCUCUGUCCAACUGGUGCUUUUUUCUCUCUCCUCCUCCUCCUCCUCCCCAUUUACUCUGUUUUUGGAAGCCAUCCCAUCAUCAUUUUCACCCAGAUCCUCCUGUUUGAUUGAGGGUUUUUUUUCCUUUUUUAAUCAAUCACUGCUUUUUGGAACAGCAAUGGAGGGGAAGAUCGGAUAGUGACGAUCCUCUCCUGUCUCUUUAUUGUCUGGCUGGCUCUCUAUCUGCCAGGGAGGUGACUGAUUUGGCCCAGGACUGGCCAUCAAAAUGAAACCACUGCUCAUCAAACCACCCCCCUAGUCUUAACUUAUUGUAUCCUCUGCCAUUUCACAAUAAAAUUUCCACAAACACCCA